AUUUUGAAAAUAUUCUUUUGUAUUUUGCGAAUAAUUUUACUAUUUUAAAUUGUGUUUUUGUUAUUUAAUUUCACUUAAUUAUAUAAAUCGCUGUGCUUGUAAAAUUAUUUAGAUCUUUUUAAUUAUAGAAGCUUAAAUGGAACCUAAGACUGAGUUUCAAAAGAAUGCAAUUUCAAAUGCUAUCAAGAAAGAGCGGGAAACGUAUCAAAGGGCUAUAGACAUGCAGUGGUUCAACAACAGAAUCGAAGAUAGCAAAAUGAGUCGCUGUCUCGCACUCAUUAACAAAGAAACAGAAAUGGAGAGGAAUUUUAAAGAGAAAACAGACCAUGCAGCUAUUGUUGAUUCCCAAGCUGAUAAAGAGGUGUCCCUAGCAUAUGAAAUAUCUAAACAAGCCAGAGAUGAGGCCUGCCAACUUCUCCGAAGACAUCACCUCAGGGAAACUGACCCACAGCUUCGUGAGUUGACGAGGAAACUCCGGAAUGCGUAUGUCCAGAAGGACCUUGAACAGCAGAUACUUCAAAAUGAAUAUAGGAGGCUACAGGAUAAGAUAGAAACUGCUAAUGCAAAUAAAAUAGUUCAAGACGCAAUAUAUGAUAGCACAAAAACUGAGGAGAAAGACAAAAGGGAACUUGAAAAGAGACACCAGUACUGUGCAGAAUUGAAGAUACAAAUUGACAAUGACAAAAAACUUAAACAGAACACCCAGAAAACUGAAACAGCUAUACAAAGAAAACAGAUAAAUGAUAUUGUUAAGAGUAUAGAGGAAGAAAGAAAAAGAAACAUCCAGUUGAAACAGAAGAGUGUAGAUGGAAUUCGACAAGAGAUGCUGCAGUUUGGGGAGGCUCGGCGGGUGCUGCGGCGGCGCGAGGCGGAGGCGAACGCGCGGGAGUUGCAGCGAGUUGCGCGCGAACAGGCCGCGGUGACUGACCGGACUUCCGCUGUAAUACAGGAGAGGUUGCAAAGGCAGCGCGCGAGAGAGGAGUUGAACCAGAGAGUGGGCGAGCAAAUUGCAGCCGCUGAAGCUGAACGUUCAGAGCGCUCGGAACUGAUCCGUCAGCUGCAACAUCACGAGUAUCUGGAGCGCGGCAUACAAGAGGAGUUAGCGGAUAAGGUGAAGCGCGUGACCGUCGGCGCGCAGGUGCGUGAGGCGCUCGACGCGCAGGCGCAGGCGAGAGCGGAGGCGGCGCGGGCGCGGGAGAGGGACGAUCGUGAGCACAGGGCUUAUUUUGAAGCAAAGAUAGCCGCCGAAGAGGAGAAAGAGAGGGAGAAUAUGCGGCUGAAGCGGGAGCGAGCGAGACGACAUGCGCUAGAGUUGAGAACACAGAUGGAGGAGAGAAGACGGCGUAAGGCGAGAGAUAUGGAGGAGAGACGAGCCGUGGUCACUGAACAUCAGGAAAAAUGGGAUGCAGAGGCGCGCACAGAAGCUGAAUUGAUUCUGAAAGAACACGGACGAGUUUUGACCAAAGAAUGACAGCAUUUUACUUGCCUACUCAUUAUUAUUGAAGAAUAUGUAUAUUUUUUUAAUUACAAAUAUAUUUUGAUUAAUACAUA